CGCAGGGGGGAUCCGGCCGAGCCGAGCCGAGCCGAGCCGAGCCUGGCGGCUCCGCCACGGCCCGUCCUCCGGCCCCGCUCCCGAAAUGCCAUUCUCGUGAGUGUGCAAGGAACCUACAGAACUGUAAUGUCUAACCCUACAUGGAAUAACAACUCUUGGAAGUUUUUUGGGCUGUACCCGACUAUGUGCAAAACUUAACAAAUCGGCUGCAGCUCCUGCUAAGGAUCAGCCUUGGUACAGAAACAGUGGUAGUUAAAAGGCACAUGAGAACAUCAGAAACAGCUGGUUUUGUGCCUAGGUUUCACUCAUAGAGAGUUUUUAGGUGGCAGAGACGCGGUGAAGCUGAGAGUGGGGCAGGCAGAGCUGAUGGGGGAGCCUGGGGUGUAGCCCAGGAUGGACUGGCUGUGACGACGUGCCUUAGCCGGAGAGGUUGUUACCAUGAAGAGUUCCUGCAGAGCUGGCCUCCACAGGGAACCGCUGAAUUCCACAUCCUCCACCUUCCAUCAAGUCAAACGGGUUUCUGGUAUGCACUUAAAGCCAUAUCUCAAGUUACAGAAGAAAGAGCGAUCCCCAGAAAUAAGCCAGGAUUCCCUGCGAGGCCACCAGGGACCAACACAAGGAGAAAAAUACACCAACUGCAGCAAACUGAACGUUUUCCCCAAACCCUCCCUCGUGACUCCAUCUCAGAAGCUUCUGGGGAUUAUUUAUCCAAAUACUAUGUGCAAUAUGAACGGGAAGGGCCCAGCGGACGCUCCAAGCGCAAGGGAAAAGAAGAACGCCCUGUCUGCGACGAUCCACCAGGGAGAAGAAGGGGAAGGGCCGCUGGAUGUCUGGGCUGUGGUGAAACCUGGCAACACCAAGGAGAAAAUCGCCUUCUUUGCGGCGCAGCAGUGCAGCAGCAACACCCGCGCGGGCUCCAUGAAAAUCAAGAGCACGUGGGACAUCGACGGGAGAACGGCCAAACGCAGGAAAAAAUCGGUGGAUCUUAAAAAAGCCAAAAUCCAACUGGAAAGAAUGAGGGAGGCGAACGCCAGGUACUCCCAGCCGGAGCCUUUCGCCUGCGGCAUCGAGCACUGCUCGGUGCACUUCGGGAGCGACAGCGGGGAGGGCGCGUUCCCGGGCCGCUCCCUGUCGGUGAUCGAGAUGGUGGCGUUCCUGGAGCAGCGGGCCAGCGCCCUGCUGGUGGACUGUGCCAAGACCUGCACGGCCACCUCUGCCACCAGGCUGAGCGCCCAGCCCAAGGCCACCCCGCCCGGCUCCGACCCCUUCUCCUCGGGCGGGGCGUGCGAGGCGGAGCGCGGCCCCGGCGAGCCCCAGGGCGAGCCCGUGCGGGUGCUGGACAUGGUGGCCAAGCUGGAGUCCGAGUGCCUGAGGCGGCAGAGCGAGCGCGAGGCCGGGAGCCUCUCCCGCAACAACAGCUUCCGCAGGAACGUCGGCAGGGUGCUCCUGGCCAGCAGCACCCAGCCCGAGGGAGACGGGGAGAAGGGGGACCCGGCUCAGGGGGACGGCCUGGGGGAGGCAGGGGUGGCAGAGGCUGGCUACGGAGGUCGCUGUGGCCCUCUGGGCACCACCGAGCUGUGGGAUGGCGGUGCCUCUGCUCGGCAGCCGUUUCCUUCGGGGCUGGAUACCCGGGUGGGGAAUGUGAAUUCGGGACUUGCCCACGCGGUGUUGGCGAUGACAGCUGGCAGGAAUGACACUGAAACGCAGAUUGAGCCUCCCAGGGCUCUGCUGUCCCCGUGUCCAGCUGCUGCCAGGCUGCCAGCGGAUCCCUUGCAGAGCAAGAAUGCGACUGUUGAUUGUAUGUCGAAAGAGCCUGUAAUUUUCCCAAAGCAUCCUGCUAGGAAGGAGCCCUUAUGCAUCAGUAUAUCAGUCACCAAGACAGAGGAAGGGUGCAGGAAGGAGAAGCUCUCCAGUUCUGGUGAGGAUUCACUCCCAGGGAGGCUGUUUUUCCUCCAGGGUGAGCAGCCUGCUGCUCAUGAGCAACAGCCACGGCGGGAGAGUAUCCAGGAGAAGCCAGGGGAAGUAGCCCCAAACGAGGAUGAGGAUGCUCUGGCAUCUGCUAGAUCGUGUGUCAGAAGCAGUGUCCCUACAGAGCCAUCGGCCCCUUCCGUCCCUCCCACAGAAGGGGCUUUGCAAGUACUUGACGCUUCCUGCCUAAAGCGGCAGGUUUCACAUGACUUUCUGGAAACCAGGUUUAAAAUCCAACAGCUUUUGGAGCCUCAGCAGUACAUGGCCUUCUUGCCUCACCACAUCAUCGUGAAGAUCUUUGGGUUGCUUCCCACCAGGAGCCUGGUUGCCCUAAAAUGCACUUGCUACUACUUCAAAUUCAUCAUUGAGUACUACAACAUCAGGCCGGCGGACUCGCGCUGGGUGCGCGACCCUCGUUACCGGGAAGACCCCUGCAAGCAGUGCAAGAAGAAAUACGUGAAGGGGGACGUGUCCCUGUGCCGGUGGCACCCCAAGCCCUACUGCCAGGCCCUGCCCUACGGGCCUGGCUACUGGAUGUGCUGCCACCGCUCCCAGAAGGGCAUCCCGGGCUGUAAGCUGGGUCUCCAUGACAAUCACUGGGUCCCUGCCUGCCACAGCUUUAACCGUGCGAUCCAUAAGAAAACCAGAGGAGCUGGAGCAGAGGUGGAAGAGGAAUAUUAGUGCACAAACACUUUCCUGCAAGAUUGUUUGGGAUAGGAGGAGGAGAUUCUCAUGCCUUGUGCUGUUUACAGUGUAUAUAAUUGUCGUGAUUAUUUUUUUUUCCCCCACAGGGCUAUGAAACUGCACAUACUCAAACACAAGAGCCUUUACCUUUUAGAUUAAAAGAGAGCUUUUAGUCCAUCUCUGUAAAUAACACUAUAAAAACUAAUUGUACAUACAGAGUCUACAGCUGGCUGAACAAGGUAACCCCUACAAUGCAGCUAUCCCAGUGUUGCGGCUAUAGGUGUGUGUGUUUUUAAGUGUCUUGUUUCAAAAUCUGUAUAUCCUGUAUAAUAUAUGAAUGUUUCUGAGAAGAAACUCUAAAUAGGUAAAGGUCAACUUGUUUAAAGAAGCUGCAGACAACUUAACUGGACAACAAACUUUAGACUAUAGAGCAGAUCCAUUAUAUUAGUGUGGCAGUGGAUUAAAAAAAAACAGAGAAAUAUUAUUGUAUAGUCAGAAUAUAAAAAAAAAGUUCUUGUCUACCUUACCCAUGUUGUCUGGUUGGGGUUUUUUUUUUUUGGUUCUUUUUUUUUUUUACAUAAAUAAAAUGUGCAUUCUAGAUCUGCCUUACCAGACAUUCUCUUGUAAGACUUUUGCCCCAAAAUAAAAAUGCUGUAAAACACGUGGCAGAAACUUGGUGCUGUGCUGUAGUUCAGACGUGCAAUGUGCUUUCUCUAGCAAACCUGUCCUGCUAACAAAGAAACAAAAACUCCCAGCUCUCUAGUACUUGGAGAACUCCCUGCUGUAAGAGUCACAGAUUCCAGCUUUUCCUUUCCUUCCUGCCAGCCCUGCGUGCAGCAGAGGCUCCUUUCAUCGGGAAUUCUGGUGCUAGGUGUGUAAAGCUUGCAAAAACUUUCUGGUCCUCCCGCUUCUUGGCUCUUGUGUGGGCACCUGCCCCAUUCCCUGGAUGCUCAAGGACGGAGUGUGGGUCCAGCAGGAUCAAUGUGGAGUUGCCUUGGCUCUGUGGUGUGCCAGAAGCUUUCCUAUCUCUCUGUAUGGAGUUUUCCCUUGCAAGAAGAAUCCUUGCAGUGCUUUGCCCUGCUGUGCUGCAGCCCUUGGCCUCUCCUGCCAGUGCUGUGGGUCGCUGCUUUCCAGGAGAAUCGCAGAGGUUUGUGCCAGAUCAACGGCGAUUCCUCGCACUCGGAACGGGAGCGGAGCGUGGAAUCCGUGGCAGAAUUUCCCUGGAUCCAUUCCUGGCCAUGCUGUGAGCCAGACCUCAGCCUCCCGUUAGAGCCCUCGCAGGGUGGAUGGUUCGGAAGCCUGGGAAUGGACCUUGUUCAGUCCAGCAGCCGCAUCCAGCUCCAUCGGGGGAGCAGCAGCCGUUUUCCAGGGAGCCCAACGGAGCGGGGCAGCCGUGCCUUUGCCCUGGCCACGUCUUUCUCUCCCCCACUUGGUGCUGUUGCUGUUCCUCUGCCCCUUCUCAGGGCACAGAUGGACUCCUGGCUCUCACCAUUCCAGCUGGAGCAGCCGAAAUCUCUGACCUGGUGCAAGAAGAGCUGGUGCCACCUUCCCAUGGGGCUCACCUCGGGCCUUCCUCUGCCCUGCCAAGCCCAGGGAGCCGCUGGAAAAGGCAGGGAUGGGGUGGCCCUGUGCCUGGCUCAUGCUGUUCUCUAUCCUUUGGUGCUGGAUCAGCAAGGUAUGGAAAACUGCUGCCUGUGGGGGCCAGGCUGAGCCACCCACCUCCACCUGCCCUGGGCUCCCAGGGAGUGAUUCACCUGGUUUUGGAGCGUCAGGAGGACAAAAGAGGGUUUUGAAGGCUUUUGUUCUCUGACAGUGGGAGAAGGAAAAUCGAGCCCUGGCAGCCUGAAAUGUGGGUUUAGUGAGCUCAGGCUUUUCAGGGAGGUUUAAAGGAUGUGCUGGUUUUAUAUUUUGCCUUCACCUGCUCCUGCCACCCACCGGGUGUCAGCCACCCCUCCCAGAGCUGCUCAGCCUCCCUGCACUGCAGACAUGAUGACAAGCAGGAGGAAUGAAAUAAGGAAUCUGAAAGAAGGGUGCGGCUGCCUUGUAAUCGGCUGGGAAGAGGGAGAGGAAAAGCGGGAUCCCUCCUUAAUCCCUGACUUCAUCCUCUAACAGGGUGCAGGCUUCACCCAAACUUCCAUCUGCUCCCUCGGCUGCGCCCAGACCAGCAGCAAAACAACCUCCAGGCUGUUGUUUUGCCAAAGCCAUCGGCAUCAAAGGCCUUCAGCUUAAUUUUGAUUAGGGGAAAAGGAAAAGAAGCUGCUUUCCUGCCCCCCCACCCAAGACUGUGGAAAACUUGAGGCUGACAGCAGCGAGGAAAGUCCCUGUGAGGCUGGAAUGGAGUGGCAGAGGAAAAUAUUUUGUAAUUAGAUAAGGGGCCAGUGAGGUCAUUUUAUUUGGAACAGGGUAUAAGAUUUUGUUGAACAAGGGGAAAAACGAGGAUAAAAUAAUACCAUGAGGCUAUUUUGUUCUUGGAGCAGGUAAAUCCAGAGGACAACUUGCUAUCUACCCUACCCCAUCUCUGCCCUCCCCCAGGCUGGCUGGGGAGUGUGGGCAGGUUUAUACAUCAUUUAUUACGUUGUCUGCCGGAACUGUCCCUCCUGCACAGCACUGCUGUUAAAAAUUGUUUCAUGGAGCAAGCUUUUGCAGCCAGAAGUGGGUUGGUUCUGAAUGUUGCCAUGCUGAACUGCCUGCAAGCUUUUUUUUUUUUUUUUUUUUUUCCUGUAAUGUUGUAAAAUGCAGAUUUCUGUUUCCUUAAGGGAUGGUUCAGGGAGAAGCCAAGGUCUGAUCAAUGUUAGGGUUUUGGUUUUUCUUCCUAAGAAGCAAUUAAAAAAAAAUAAAAUCCAGUGUUGGAUUUACAAA